UCGCGACCGAUCCACGGCUCGGUGGGUCCCAUCCAACGCACCAGCACGCUUAAUUUCGCGAAACCAAACGGAGGAUUGCAGCAGCAUAAUCCCACCCCCUCAACAACAGGAGAAAGAAACCACCCGGUACAACCAUGUCAGGCCAGCAAGUGCAACGGUUUAUUCAGUUCGGUGCCCAUAAGGGCAAGGGCAUCGCCGUUUUCACCAGCGGUGGAGAUUCGCAGGGCAUGAAUGCCGCCGUCCGUGCCGUCGUGCGGAUGGGAAUCUACGUCGGAUGCAAGGUAUACUUCAUCCGCGAAGGCUACCAGGGCAUGGUGGACGGUGGCGAGCACAUCGUCGAAGCCAACUGGUCCUCGGUGUCGAGUAUUAUCCACCGCGGUGGCACCGUAAUCGGUUCGGCCCGCUGCAAGGACUUCCGCGAGCGUGCGGGCCGGCUGCAGGCCGCCCAUAAUCUGAUCACCCGCGGUAUCACCAAUCUGGUCGUGAUCGGUGGCGAUGGGUCGCUUACCGGCGCGAAUCUGUUCCGGCAGGAGUGGGGCAGCCUGCUGGACGAGCUGCUGGCCAGCAACAGGAUCACGCAGGAUCAGCGCAUCAAGUACAAGAGCCUGCACAUCGCCGGCAUGGUCGGAUCGAUCGAUAACGACUUUUGCGGGACGGAUAUGACGAUUGGUACGGAUUCGGCGCUGCAUCGCAUCAUCGAAGCGAUCGAUGCGAUCGUCAGCACGGCCUACUCCCAUCAGCGUACCUUCAUCAUGGAGGUUAUGGGGCGCCAUUGUGGUUACCUUGCCAUAAUGGCUGCUUUAGCUAGCGAGGCGGACUUUGUGUUCAUACCGGAAGAUCCCGUAGUGCAUAAUUGGCCAGAAAAGUUGUGUAAGAAGAUCCUGCAGGAGCGUUCUGCUGGGCAGCGCCUGAACAUCAUCAUCGUCUCGGAGGGUGCGAUCGAUCGCGAUGGCAACCCAAUUACGGCGGAAAAAGUGAAGCAAGUCGUCGUCGAUCGACUGCAGCAGGACACGCGCAUCACCGUCCUUGGCCACGUGCAGCGUGGUGGCAACCCGAGUGCAUUCGAUCGCGUCCUGGGCUGCCGGAUGGGUGCGGAAGCCGUCCUGGCGCUAAUGGAAGCGGACGAAAAGACGGAACCGUGCGUGGUGUCGCUGGAUGGCAACCAGGCGGUCCGCGUACCGCUGAUGGAGUGUGUCGAGCGCACGAAAUCCGUCGCCAAAGCCAUGGAGGACAAAAAUUGGGAGCUUGCGGUGCAGCUGCGUGGCCGCUCGUUCGCGCGUAACCUCGAAACGUACAAGAUGCUAACGCGCCUGAAGCCGCCCAAGAGCGCCUUCGAUGAGCAGGGACGUGGAUUGGGCGGGUACACGAUGGCGGUGAUGCACAUCGGUGCACCGGCGUGUGGCAUGAACGCGGCCGUCCGUUCGUUCGUGCGGAAUUGCAUCUACCGCGGUGAUACGGUGCUGGGCAUCCACGACGGCAUCGAAGGGUUGGUGUCCGGCCGGAUCAAGAAGAUGGAAUGGUCCGACGUAACCGGUUGGGUUGGGCAAGGUGGUGCCUUCCUCGGUACCAAGCGGACGCUUCCGGAGAGCAAGUUUGCGGAGAUCGCUGCCAAGCUGAAAGAGUUCGGUAUCCAAGCGUUACUGAUCGUGGGCGGGUUUGAGGCGUACCACGCGGCCGGUCAGAUGGCGGACCAACGCAGCAAGUUCAAGGAGUUUUGCAUUCCGCUCGUCGUCAUCCCGUCGACGAUCUCGAACAACGUGCCCGGGACGGAGUUUUCGCUGGGCGCGGACACCGGGUUGAACGAGAUUACGGAGAUUUGCGACCGGAUCCGGCAGUCGGCGCAGGGCACGAAACGGCGCGUGUUUGUGAUCGAAACGAUGGGUGGGUACUGUGGGUAUUUGGCCACGGUUGCUGGGCUUGCUGGUGGGUCGGAUGCGGCGUACAUCUUCGAGGAGAAGUUCACGAUCAAGGAUCUGCAGCAGGACGUGUACCAUAUGGCGUCGAAGAUGAGCGAUGGCGUGCAGCGUGGGUUGAUCCUGCGGAAUGAGAAGGCUUCGGAAAAUUACAACACCGAGUUUAUCUAUCGGUUGUACUCGGAGGAGGGUAAGGGACUGUUUUCCACGCGCAUGAACGUGCUGGGGCACAUGCAGCAGGGUGGUUCACCGACACCCUUCGAUCGGAAUAUGGGCACGAAGAUGGCGGCCAAGUGUGUGGAGUGGUUGGUGGAGCAGCUGAAGGCCAACACCCAGCCGGAUGGGUCGAUUAAUGCGACGGGUGCGGAAUCGGCGUGUUUGUUGGGGCUUGUGCGGCGGCAGUACAAAUUUACUCCGCUUAAGGAGCUCGUGGCUGAGACGAACUUUUCGCAACGCAUCCCGAAGCACCAGUGGUGGUUGAAGUUGCGACCGUUGUUGAGAAUUCUCGCUAAGCACGACUCCACGUACGAGGAGGAAGGCAUGUACAUCACGGUUGAUGAGGAGAUGUCGACGGAUUCACCGUGCGCCUAAGAAACCGGAACCACCAAAGGAUCCACGGGAUAUUCCCAGCGCUGGAACAAACACACACACACAUUUACCUCCACACCCAGGCGCUUCGAAGUGGCGGAACCCGAAACCGGAUGUCCUUGCGUGUUUUCGGUGGGAUGCGUUUUCUUUCGUAGGGGCUACGUAAGCUUUAAGCAUAGUUACAAAAGCGAGAAAAUAGGGGGUCCGUGCUUUUCUUUUUUGUUCUCUUUGUUCGUGUCAUACAACCCCCUGACCGCUCGGGCAGGAGGAUUUGAUUUGAUCUAGGACGUUUAAUUGGAUAGUAUUUAUCGUUUCGUUUUCCUUUGUUUUUAUCGUGUGCGCGUGUUGUGUUUAGUUUUCCGGCUUUCUCAUCAUCAUUUGCGCUAGUGAAAAGUAUUAUCGUAAACACUGUUUUCGGGGGACCCCGUCGUCGAUGAGUCAGCAAAAGCUCAGCGGCCGAUUUUUUAUCAGUAAGCGUUUAACAUUAAAAAGGGUGAACAAUUCGAUACCAAAAAUAAAAAAUGGGAUUAGGGAAGAACGGAAAGCGAACAAAGCGGCCAGUGCACAAUUGGUGCAGUGAAAUGGAACAACUUUCAAGCAGUGUCAUCCCUCACGGGGGGGUUUUCCCAACAAAAAAACGGGAAAUUUUGUUCUCCAGGAAAAGCGCACGCUUCCGGAACAGUUCACACACGCAAACACACGUACACACUCAUACAUAGUGAUCGUUGAUAUAUAUAUAUAUAUAUAUGUAUAUGCUAAUAUCACUCCGAGACGUGCAUCAUUGAGGCAUAAUAAAUGAAUUUAUUGUUGUGAGAUCUAAAGCACGUCCUUUCGGUGCUUUCGCUUCGGUGGGAAAAAUUGCGCAUCCGAUAAAUGGGACACGGGAAUGUUGUGCUUUCGCUUAGAGCAACAACAACUUUACAAACUUCUUGGGUAAACAAAAAAAUCAAUUACACAAAAUACAGACACGCGGACGAUCAAACUUCCUCUCCGAUCCUUUCGAGUGUUCGCAGCACCACCGGCCGGCGCCGUAGAUCCUUCACGAUCGGCCCAACACCUCCGGCCACUAGCUUCG